GCAGAAAAAUUGCUAUUGAUGCAUCAAUGAGCAUCUACCAAUUUUUGAUAGCAGUUAGACAGGAUGGAAGUGCAUUAACGAAUGAUGCUGGAGAAACCACGAGCCACUUGAUGGGAUUAUUUUAUCGCACUAUCCGUAUGAUGGAGAAUGGCAUCAAGCCAGUCUAUGUUUUUGAUGGGAAACCACCAACACUCAAGGGAGGAGAGCUUGCAAAACGACAAGAAAAGAGAGCAGAGGCGCAGAAAGCCUUGGAAAAAGCCACAGAAGAUGGUGAUAAUGCCAACAUUGAUAAGUUCUCUAAAAGAACAGUAAGGGUCACUAGAGUACACAAUGAGGAGUGCAAGCAGUUGCUGGAUCUGAUGGGAGUUCCGUAUGUCAAUGCCCCAUGUGAGGCAGAAGCUCAGUGUGCAGAGCUCGUAAAAGCAGGAAAGGUGUAUGCAACAGCCACGGAAGAUAUGGAUAGCCUGACAUUUGGCUCCAAUGUGGUACUCAGACAUCUCACAUUUAGUGAGGCUAGAAAAAUGCCUAUUAAGGAGUUCCACCUUAACAGUGUGUUGUCCGGGCUUGAAUUGGAGCAGAACCAGUUCAUAGACCUAUGCAUUCUUCUUGGCUGCGACUACUGUGACAGUAUUCGAGGAAUUGGACCGAAACGUGCCAUCGAGCUUGUCAGACAGCAUAAGUCUAUAGAGGAAAUUCUCAAACAUAUUGAUACAAAUAAAUAUGUAGUUCCUGAGAACUGGCCUUAUCAGGAGGCUAGACAGUUCUUCCAGAAACCUGAGGUGACUGAUUCUGCUGAGAUUGAACUGAAGUGGUCGGACCCAAAUGAAGAAGAGUUGGUACGAUUUAUGUGCGAGGAAAAACAGUUUAGUGAAGAUAGAAUAAAGAAUGGCAUAAAGAAACUGACAAAAACAAGACAUGGUUCCACACAAGGACGACUUGACAAUUUCUUUACUGUGUUGGCAACAUCGUCAACCAAACGCAAGCGUGAAGAGACGAAGCCUUCACAAAAGAAGGGAAAGACUGCCGGUGGGAAGUUUAAGAAACCUAAAUAAAUUUCAAAUGUAUUCUAUAUACUAAUGUAUUUGCAAUACUAAUGAAUAAAUGCCUGUAUAAUAUCUGGCUAACUAUAUAUACAUGUUUAUGGUAAAUAGUUGUGUCUGGCCAAGUAAUGUGAACAUGCAGUAUUGGCAGUCAAGUAUAGCUGCUUAGAUCAUUCUAGGCUGUAAAAACAAUCAUUGCAAAUUAAUGCAUCUGUAGAAAUAUUAGGGCUGGCUUGAUUAUGAUAUAUGCUCAAUUGAACCAAUGUGUCAUUAGAGGCUUAAAUUAAUAAAUUGCAGAGAAGGUGAUAGUCUUAUAUUGAAAUAGAUAAUAAGAAUAAAGCCAGUUUAUAUUUUUACUAAA